AUGUUGACCAGGCUGUUCAGCGAGACCAGUCUUAUUCCGGAGGUCCAGAAAUUCGCCUCCUGGACUGAUGAUGACUGUGAUGAAGACAUGAGUGACAAGGAUGAGAGCAGCGAGAAGAGCUUACAGGAGGUUCACACUGAGGGUUCUCUGAGUGAGAGCAAGGACGAUGGGGAUAUUGGUGGGGAUGAUGAUGAGGAAGAAGAGGAAGAGGAGGGGACAGAGGAAGCUGAGGGAGAAAGGCCCAAGAAACGUGGCCCCAAAAAGAGGAAAAUGACUAAGGCCAGGAUGGAGAGGUCCAAGGUGAGAAGACAAAAAGCCAAUGCCAGGGAGAGAAACCGCAUGCAUGACCUCAAUUCAGCCCUGGACAACCUCAGGAAGGUGGUGCCCUGCUACUCAAAGACCCAGAAGUUGUCUAAGAUCGAGACUCUCAGGCUAGCUAAGAACUACAUAUGGGCCCUCUCCGAGAUUCUUAGGUCUGGGAAGAGGCCUGAUUUAGUGGCCUAUGUGCAAACCCUGUGCAAGGGCCUCUCCCAACCCACAACCAACCUGGUGGCCGGCUGCUUGCAGCUUAACUCCAGAAAUUUCCUGACUGAGCAAGGUCAAGAAGCUGGGAGGUACCAUGGCCCUAAUUCUUCCUUUGCCAUGCACCCCUAUAACUAUCAGUGUUCCAGGCUCUCAGGCUCACAGUGUCAGUCUAGUUCCAUGGCCAAUACUCAUGCUUUGAGAAGCCAUGGCUACUGUGCCACAUAUGAGUCACUGUAUGGUAACACGUCUCCGGACUACAAUAGCUCUGAGUAUGACGCCCCCUUAAGCCCACCACUGUGCAUUAAUGGCAACUUCGCUCUUAAACAGGACUCAUCCACCGACAAUGAUAAAAAUUACCACUACUCUAUGCACUAUUCUGCCCUCCCAUCCUCCAGGCCUUCUGGGCAUAGCUUGCUCUUUGGAUCUUCUGGUAUGCGAAGUGGAGUCCACUCUGAGAACCUGUUGCCUUAUGAUAUGCACGUCCACCAUGAUAGGGCCCCCAUGUAUGAGGAACUCAAUGCGUUUUUCCAUAACUGA